AUGGCAACCCGCUCCCGGACUUCCUCUCGAGCCCAGUCCCCUUUCAAUCCAAGAGACCUGGGACCCCAACUUCCAACAACCGCCCCUAUCGAACUUGGGGAAGUCUCCCUUGAGCGGGUUACCCGCCUCCUCCUUGGACUCCUCAGCCAAGUUGAGAACCUUGAAAGGAAGCUCGAGGAAGUCAAAGAAACCGGGAUUGAAACCCGAACCAACAUCAAGAACAUAUCUCAAACCGUUGAUGUUCCCCUGGUCGUGGAAGCAACGCCACGACCCCUACCAAAGACCAAGCCUAUUGGAUCGGUUAGUGGCCCCUCCUUCUGGCCCAAGCAUCCAAAAGGGCUUCCCACGUUUGCCCAGCCAGCACCCAGGACGUUACCCCCGCAAGUCCCUUCUCCCCCUGCAUCUCUGCGUCUCCAAUCCCCAAUCGGAGUCCCUGCCCCUCCACCUCUGGCUCCAACCGCCGCCUAUCCUGCCCCGGUCAAAGUAGACCACCCGGAUGCCUACACAGGCAAGAUCGGGAGUGAGGCCAAGCAAUGGCUCACAAGGAUGCUGGCAUGGACCCGGCUAAAUUUGCGCAUGUUUCCCACGGACCAAGAAGUCCUAUCUUUCCUUCUGAUGAAUAUGAAGGAUUCCGCGGGAGCAUGGGCACACCCACACCUUGACCAGCUUGGAUCACACCGGGCAAUCAUCCAAACGGUUGAGGGAUUCAAAAUGGAGUUUUUGGCAGCAUUCGGUGACCCUGAUGCCACAAGGGCCGCCGAGCGGAAGAUUACCACGCUUACCCAGUCCGGCACAUGCGCGGAUUAUAUCACAAAGUUCAGAACCCUGGCAAUGGAACUGGACUGGAACAACGCGGCCCUCCGAGGCCAGUUUGCCCGCGGCCUCCACUGGGAGGUCAGCCGCCAAAUUGCCACCCGCAAGCAUCGCCCCCAAACACUCCUCGAGCUGCAAAACGCAGCACUCGUUAUUGACAACGCUCUCCAAGAAGAGCGUGCUAGCCACCCGCCAAGGGAUAAUAAGUCUAGCAAGCAACCCAACCCCGCAAGGGGAACGAGUACCGGCCAAUCAAGUACCGGUUCGAAGAAACUCUCCGACGACCCCAAUUUCGUGUCGGAGGAGGAAAGGAAUCGCCGCCGCGCCGCUGGCGCCUGCAUCAAGUGCGGCAAACUGGGCCACAAGUUCGCGGAAUGCCGCACGGGCUGGAAGGCUACCCCUACUGAGGACAAAGGGAAAGCCAAGGAAACCGCCAAGAUUGGCGAAGACUCCAAGUACCAAUUGGGAAAAGACCACAAUAGAAUCUCCCCCCUCUUCACUAUUUCCAUCAAACCAGAGAAACAAGCGGAUCACUUAGAAGUCCUGAUAGACUCAGGCGCCACCUCAUCCUUCUUACACCCCCGUACAGCGGAACUACUCCGCCUCCCUCUAAUAGACCUCCCACAACCCCGUACUGUUACUAUGCUCAAUGGGUCGAGCCCCCAGGCUGGAAAGAUUUGGAAGAAGGCCCACCUAACCUUCCUAUUUGAUGGCAAACGCAUGACGGAAACCUUCCUGAUUUGCAAUACUGGAUCACACGCUGCCAUCCUAGGAAUUAAGUGGUUAGAGAAUCAUAAUCCCGAAAUCGAUUGGAACUCGCGCACCCUCUCAUUCCCUCACGCGCCCCCAGAACACAUAGCCAUUGCUGAAGAGGAAGAAGCUGACAAGACACCCCUUGAAGGAGUACCCUCCAAGUACCAUCAAUAUGCAAAGGUAUUUGGGGAAGAAGAAUUCAAUAAACUUCCCCCUCAUAGGCACUACAAUAUUGGUAUCAAACUUACGGAAGAAGGACCCCUGAACUCCCCCCUUUAUAGCAUGACUGAUGCCGAAUCCGCUACACUCAAGGACUGGCUCAGGGACGAGCUCAAGGCUGGGAAAAUCCGACCCAGUAAAUCACCAAUCAGCUCCCCGGUUAUGUUCGUGCCCAAAAAGGAUGGUUCCCGUCGACUCGUAGUAGACUAUUGUUGCCUGAACAACCGGACAAAGAAGAAUGUUUACCCGCUACCCCGUCCAGACGACCUCAUGGCCCAGCUCUGCGGUGCCAAGGUCUUCACUAAGCUAGACCUAAGAUGGGGUUACAAUAACGUCCGUGUCAAAGAAGGUGACGAAUGGAAAACGGCCUUCCGUACCAAAUAUGGCCUAUACAAAUCCCUGGUUAUGACCUUUGGCUUGACUAAUGCUCCAGCGGCUUUCCAACACUUCAUGAACGAACUGUUCAAGGAUCUAUUGGAUGUAUGCGUCAUCAUUUACCUUGAUGACAUCCUGAUCUACUCAAAGGAUGACGCAACCCAUACCCAGCACGUCCAUGAGGUCCUACGGCGCUUAAUGGAGAACCAAUUGUUCUGCAAGGCAUCCAAGUGUACGUUCCACGUCACAUCAGUGGAGUAUCUAGGGAUAAUCGUAUCAGAUAAGGGAUUCAGUCUGGAUAAGCUCAAAAUCCAGGCAGUCCAAGAAUGGCCCACGCCCACUAAGGUCAAGGAAGUGCAAUCGUUCCUAGGCUUUGCCAAUUUCCUACGCCGUUUUGUUGCCAACUUCAGCCAUAUGGCCAGGCCGUUACACAACCUGGUCAAAAAGGACGUACCAUGGAAAUGGGAUACCAGGGAGCAAGAAGCAUUCCAGGGACUAAAGGAUGCCAUCACAAACGCACCAGUACUAUGUCACGCGGACCCAGCCAAACCCUACUUCCUGGAAACAGAUGCCUCAGGAGCAGCACUAGGCUCCAUACUCAGUCAACGCCAAGAAGAUGGCCGCCUCCACCCCUUGGGCUUCCUAUCAGAAUCAUUCAAGGGAGCGGAACAAAAUUAUGACACGCACAACAAAGAACUACUUGCAAUCAUUCGUUCCUUUGAGUACUGGCGUAUCUUCCUGGAAGGAACCCUGCACCCUGUCACCGUGUUUACCAAUCACCGCAACUUGGAGUACUGGAAAGAGUCGCGCACAUUCAACCGUCGUCACGCCAGGUGGCAUCUAUUGUUAGCCGGGUAUAAUUUCCAAAUUGUAUACCGCCCCGGUAAACAGUCCGGCAAACCAGACGCUCUCUCACGACGCUCAGAUCAUGCCGACAUUCCACCAGACGCCCAAACCAUGCUUCCCAGCCCUGUUUUUGCCAACGUUGCGCUAGUCACACCUGAGAAGGAGUUACAACGCCAGAUUGAGCUAUCCUUAGACCAAGACGAGUCCCUGGAGGAAAUCCUCCAAUUCCUGCAGAACGAGUCCAAGGCCCCACCCUCAAUCAAACGCGCCUUCAAAGAUUACGAGAUGGAAGCAGGCCUGCUAUUUUACCAGGGGAAAAUUGUAGUACCAGACGUUGGGACGUUGAGAACAGACUUACUCCGUAUAUUCCACGACAGUCCCUUAGCCGGCCACCCAGGCAGACAACGGACCUUAGAACUGGUAUCCAGAAGCUACUACUGGCCUGGCAUCCGCGCAGACACGUAUUGGCAUGUGGAUUCCUGUGAAACAUGCCAGCGGAUCAGGAAGCCCAAAUACGCGUCCAUCCCACCUCAGCCGCUGGAACUCCCCGUUAAACCUUGGCAACACGUGUCUUACAACAUGAUAGUAGAUCUGCCCAAGGACGGAAGCAAUGACUCCAUCUUGGUCAUAGUGGAUAGCUUCACAAAGUAUGGGAUUUUCGUCAAAUGUUCUAAAAAGCUCAAGGCACCUGAACUAGCGGAAUUGUUCUUGGAGCACGUAUGGAAGCGGCACGGUAUGCCCAAAAAAACGGUCUCAGAUAGGGGGAGGGUCUUCAAUAACAAAUUCCUGAGGGCGCUGUAUAAACGCCUAGGAAUAGACCCCCACUUCUCCUCGGCAUACCACCCCCAAAGUGACGGACAGACGGAACGGGUUAACCCAUCCAUUGAACACUUCCUCAGGGCAUACUCAGGGGUCAAUCAACGGGACUGGACCAAGUGGUUACCAAUGGCCGAGUUUGCGUACAACAAUGCGGUCCACAGCAGCACAGGGAAAACACCAUUCAAAGCCCUGUACGGAUGGGAACCUACCCUAACACCUUCUAACGUACCUAUGGAUGUACCAGAAGCCGACGACUUAGCCCAGACAAUGGAGGAACAAUGGAAGGAAGUGGAAUUGGCACUCCGGCAAUCCAAACAAUGCAUGACGGCCGGAGAAGAUGGAAGCCCAAUAGAGUUUGAGAUCGGAGAGGAAGCCUGGCUAGACGCCAAAAACGUCAACCUCAAAACCUUGAGUCCAAAACUUACAGAACAACGCCUAGGACCAUUUAAGGUUAUUGAGAAGAUCUCCGACCGGGCCUACCGCCUAGAACUCCCUCCUACCAUGCGAAUCCACAACGUUUUCUAUGUGGGACUCCUGUCUAAGGUCAAAAGGGACAAGAAACGCGCCUUUGAGAAUCGCCCCCCACCAGUCACAAUAGAUGGGGAAGAAGAAUACGAAGUAGAAGGGAUUACCGAUGCAGAGGAACGCCACGGGGAAUGGUUUUUCCGGGUAAAAUGGAAAGGUUACGGUUCUGAAGAGAACACAUGGGAACCACGGGAGAAUCUAAAAAAUGCGGGGAAAAUUUUGAAAAAAUACGAAGAAGAAAUGAGAAAGAAGGCCCUCGGCGCUGCCAAGGCCCUUAGAGGGGAGGCAGUGUCGUAG